GUGAAGUUGCUGACAUGACCCUGAGCCUUAAGAGAUGCUACAAAGAUGCUCCUUGCAGUACCAUGUCCGAGGAGAACAAACUGGGAAGAGCAAACACACGUGACAUCAGAUAGCCGGGAGUAAAUCAUGGUGACGUCUUCCAUUUCAGAGAAAUCUGUGCUCCUCGUUCCGCAUUCCAGCCCCAUCUUGCUGCUUACUCCUCUGCUUUCCACUUUCCUUUUUGCCUGCAGAGUCAUCUGCCCCACCUUCUACUGCCUCAGCCCUACUCCUCACCUUUAAUUCUCAGAGAUGACUCCUCCUCCAGGAAACCCUCUCUGAUCCCCCCAGGCUGGGUCAGGAGCCUUGUCCAGGUUUCCCCAUUCCAGCCCUGGUUACUUUGUUGGGGGGAUAAGGAGGGAGGACAUCUUAAAACCAAGAAUAUAAUAGAAUGAAAUGAGUAUGUAUUCGCUACUCAGAUGAUCUGGACUGAUGCAGGAAGACCGAAUCCCAGGGACUGGGAUCGAUUCUCUCGGUUCUCUUCCUUCCAUGUUUUGUUCUUGGUAUUCGGCGAUCCUCUGCGAUGCCUCCGGCACAGCCUCUCCCGGAGCCGGCCCCCUCCCAUUGCUGUGCGCAUGCGCAUUGUCCCGCCCCGGUGGAUUGACGGGAGGGAUCAGCCAAUGGCGUCGUGACGAAGGUGGAGAAACGCCUCGAGGAAGCCCUGCGGAUGCUGCCUUGACUGAAUAUUCAUGAGGGAGGCGGGCCGACGCCGCUUCAAGCUGCGACCGGCGCCAUGAAGCUCAACGUGGACGGGCUGCUGGUCUACUUCCCUUACGACUACAUCUACCCGGAGCAGUUCUCCUACAUGCUGGAGCUCAAACGCACGCUCGAUGCCAAGGGUCAUGGAGUCCUGGAGAUGCCCUCAGGCACUGGGAAGACAGUGUCCCUGUUGGCCCUGAUCAUGGCGUACCAGCGGGCGUAUCCACUGGAGGUGACUAAACUCAUCUACUGCUCGAGAACUGUGCCUGAGAUUGAGAAGGUGAUUGAAGAGCUUCGAAAGUUACUCAACUUCUAUGAGAAACAGGAGGGUGAGAAGCUGACAUUUUUGGGGCUGGCUCUGAGCUCGCGAAAGAACCUGUGUAUUCAUCCCGAGGUGACACCCCUGCGCUUUGGGAAGGACGUCGAUGGAAAAUGCCACAGCCUCACGGCCUCCUAUGUGCGGGCGCAGUACCAGCGGGACCCCAGCCUGCCCCACUGCCGCUUCUACGAGGAAUUUGAUGUCCAUGGGCGCCAGGUGCCCCUCCCCGCUGGCAUCUACAACCUGGACGACCUGAAGGCCGUGGGGCGGCGCCAGGGCUGGUGCCCAUACUUCCUUGCCCGAUACUCAAUCCUGCACGCCAACGUGGUGGUCUACAGCUACCACUACCUCCUGGACCCCAAGAUUGCCGACCUGGUGUCCAAGGAGCUGGCCCGCAAGGCCGUCGUCGUCUUCGACGAGGCCCACAACAUCGACAACGUCUGCAUCGACUCCAUGAGUGUCAACCUCACCCGCCGGACCCUGGAUCGCUGCCAGGGCAACCUGGAGACCCUGCAGAAGACAGUGCUCAGGAUCAAGGAGACGGACGAGCAGCGUCUGCGGGAUGAGUACCGGCGCCUGGUGGAGGGGCUGCGGGAGGCCAGUGCCGCCCGGGAGACCGACGCCCACCUGGCCAACCCCGUGCUGCCCGACGAGGUGCUGAAGGAGGCGGUGCCCGGCUCCAUCCGCACGGCCGAGCACUUCCUGGGCUUCCUGCGGCGGCUGCUCGAGUACGUCAAGUGGCGGCUGCGCGCGCAGCACGUGGUGCAGGAGAGCCCGCCAGCCUUCCUGAGCGGCCUGGCCCAGCGCGUGUGCAUCCAGCGCAAGCCCCUCAGGUUCUGCGCUGAGCGCCUCCGCUCCCUCCUGCACACCUUGGAGAUCGCGGACCUCGCUGACUUCUCCCCUCUCACCCUCCUCGCUAACUUUGCCACGCUGGUCAGCACCUACGCCAAGGGUUUCACCAUCAUCAUCGAGCCCUUUGACGACAGGACCCCGACCAUCGCCAACCCCAUCCUGCACUUCAGCUGCAUGGAUGCCUCGCUGGCCAUCAAACCCGUGUUCGAGCGCUUCCAGUCCGUCAUCAUCACAUCAGGGGUGAGGACCCUUCUGGCCCCCAGCCCUCUCCUCGGGGGUGCUUCUGCUUCCCGCCCAGUCCUGCUGAGAUCCCUCCUGCUGUCCCUGCUACAGACGCUGUCCCCACUGGACAUCUACCCCAAGAUCCUGGACUUCCACCCUGUCACCAUGGCAACCUUCACGAUGACGUUGGCGCGGGUCUGCCUCUGCCCCAUGAUCAUCGGCCGUGGCAAUGACCAGGUGGCCAUCAGCUCCAAAUUUGAGACCCGGGAAGAUAUCGCGGUGAUCCGGAACUACGGAAACCUCCUGCUGGAGAUGUCCGCUGUGGUCCCUGAUGGCAUCGUGGCCUUCUUCACCAGCUACCAGUACAUGGAGAGCACCGUGGCCUCCUGGUAUGAGCAGGGCAUCCUCGAGAACAUCCAGAGGAACAAGCUGCUCUUUAUUGAGACCCAAGAUGGGGCUGAGACCAGUGUCGCCCUGGAGAAGUACCAGGAGGCCUGCGAGAAUGGCCGUGGGGCCAUCCUGCUCUCGGUGGCCCGAGGCAAAGUGUCCGAGGGAAUCGACUUUGUGCACCACUUCGGCCGGGCCGUCAUCAUGUUUGGGGUGCCCUACGUCUACACCCAGAGCCGCAUUCUCAAGGUGAGCAGCGCCUGGGGGGCGGCAGGAUGUGAAGGCCUGUCAGGCUCUCCCCUUGGGACGUGUGUGAGGAAGGGACAUCGCCCCCCAUCUCCGCACCCGCAGGCGCGGCUGGAAUACCUUCGGGACCAGUUCCAGAUUCGAGAAAAUGACUUUCUGACCUUCGAUGCCAUGCGCCACGCGGCCCAGUGUGUGGGUCGGGCCAUCAGGGGCAAGACAGACUACGGCCUCAUGGUCUUUGCCGACAAGCGGUUUGCGCGGGCCGACAAGCGGGGGAAACUGCCCCGCUGGAUCCAGGAGCACCUCACGGACGCCAACCUCAACCUGACCGUGGACGAGGGGGUCCAGGUUGCCAAGUACUUCCUGAGGCAGAUGGCUCAGCCAUUCCACCGGGUGAGCCCCAGGCGCCUAGGCUUCUCUUCCAGGAAGGCCCCUGGCUUUCUCCCUGAGCCCCCAGCCUGCCCCCGGCCGCCGACAGAGAGAUCUGUGUGCGCUCUCGUGCCAGGUCUGGGAACUGCCGGGAGAGUCGAGGGCUGCAGAGUCAGCGUGCGUCUGCAGUGGGCGCCCUGAGCAGGCCGUGGGGCCUCGAGAAAGCCACUCCUCGGAGCUCGGACACAGCUCUCGAGCUGCCGCCUCCCUCCAUCCCUCUCCCCCUCAGCCCGUCUUCUGUUUACAGGGAUGGGAUGCCCUGUGAUAUACGGGUGUUUCAAAAUUCAAGCAUCCUGUCCUGUA